CGGUGGCUGCCAAUUGGGCGCGCUCCAGGACGAUAUUCCCCAGGAGGCACAGCCUGCACCGCAGACACAGUAGCACCGUCUCGCGACAAAGAGAGGGAGGAAAGCGCCAUGGAAGACAUCAGAAUGGCCGGUAGACCGGCGCCAAUGGCUGCUGUGCCGUCGUCUGUCCCGAAUUCCUCGUCUGUCGCUCACAAUCCAGCUCCGCAACAGCCGCAGCCGCAGCAGCAACCACAACCACAACCGCAGCCACCACAGCAGCCGCAGGACCUAAAUACCAGAUUUUCUCCCAGACGCUCUAUUUCUCCUCCGGCCCAGCAUAGACGGGGCUACCAGGCGUGUGAUCCAUGCAGGAAACGGAAAGUGAAGUGCGAUUUGGGGAGUGUUGAUAACCCGAGACCGCCCCCAUGCGUGAGGUGCCGCCGCGAGAGCAAGAGAUGCGAGUUCUCUGCCACCAGACGCAAGCGCAAAAUCUCUGAGGAGUCGGACGACAAGGGAGCCAGCGUCUUGCGCCGGGACAAGCGCAUGAUGGUGGCCGAUGGAUCUGUCUCUCCCAGCAUGGACAGCGAUAGCAUCUCGAGCCCCAUUCCCAACGGGGUGACUUCUCAUCCACGGGGCAGCCUACCCCCCUUCGAAAACGACCCUCGACCUAAUGGCUCUGCUGCGCAGCGUAAAUGGUCCAAUGCUACUGCUCCUCCUCACCGUAUCUGCAUCCCACCCACCGGUGUCUCUGUUCCUGCUCCUACAUCUAUCCCGAUGGACCAGUAUCACGCUCACCGCGCGAGCUUUUCUGGUGCUGUGCGGCCAACUUUGCCGCCCCAUGUCCUCGAGAGCGGCCAGCACAUGAUGAAUAAAACCGCUGCAGAGUUGCUCUCUCCUGCCAUUAGCAAUACCCAUGAUGCCCUGCAUCUUCUCUCCGAGGCCGCCGGCAGGACGGAGGACCUAAAUCGUCAGCAGAUGGAAUACCAGUACAAUGGACGACAGUCCUCUACUUCGACGUUCGCAUCUGUCUCCCCAGGUCAGCAGAAUGGCACACCAGGUAGAGCGAGCAGGUCAAACUCCACGACCCAGCAGGGUGCUGGAAUGAGCUGGUAUAGCCAGAACAAGGGUGGCUCUCCUAGCGUUGAGGUCCUUGUGGAAGGCACAGACGCCGGCCUAAGUCCUCCCAGGGCAACGCAGGAUCUCGACUACAGCAAAGCUCGCAGGGCUUGGUCAAGGCUACGAUUUAUUCGCGCUGGCUGGUUUAGUGUGGAUGAAGCAAUGUCCUAUAUCGAGUACUACUAUGAACACCUUGCGCCAUUAACCCCCAUUGUCUUGAAAAAUUAUAGCUCUCCAUCCACACAUCUUACUCUUUUAACGGAAGAGCCAGUGUUGACUGUCACAAUGCUCACCAUUGCCUCUCGACAUAUGAAACUCUCUGGCAAUGGUGCUAACUCACGAGCUUAUUCCAUCCAUGAAAAGUUGUGGUCAUAUCUCAGAGGUAUGAUCGAACGUCUCUUCUGGGGCCAAGAAAAGUUUGGUGACUGUGGUGGUGCCUCGGCACCUAGGCAGUUUGAUGCCUCUAACCCACUAUCCGCUGGACAGGGGCAACGGGGCGGUGGCCAGCUGAGGUCUAUCGGAACUGUCGAAGCCUUGCUGCUGCUCACUGAUUGGCAUCCGCGCGCCCUUCACUUCCCACCAGGUGACGACGAAAACACCCUGCUCGAUGUUGACCCACAACAGCUCAAUUAUUUUGAUGGAGAGGGUGACGACCAUUUCCAUGAUCAUCCAGGCAAGGGUCAAGGUGGAGCAGGUGAAGGCCGCCUUGCAUUCUACAAAUGGCUUGAGCCUGUGUGGCGCUCUGAUCGGAUGUCGUGGAUGCUCUUGAGCACUGCUCAGGCUCUUGCCUUUGAGCUCGGCAUCUUCGACCAGAAAAAUGACCUCCGAGCAUCUACCGAAUCCUCCUGUGAGAUGGCCAGGAAACGCCGCCUACGCCGACUGAUCCUUGUCUACGUCUCGCAAAGCAGUGGCCGCUUGGGGAUCCCAUCCAUGCUCCCCCUCCCACAAUGGAACCAGAACACUGAACCCCUUCGUGCAGAGGACAUGCAGUCACCCAACUUCCAUGAGGAUUACAUGAUUGACAUGAUGCAAGAUUGCUGGAUGGAUAUCUCCAAGAUCAUGUAUAACAGCAACCAGGUUCUUUUCCUGUCCAAGGAACUGACCACCAACUUGAUCAAGAGUGGUCAAUACCGAGAUCGGAUCGAUGAGUUUACCCCUUCUCUAAGAGACUUCAAGGCAAAACUCGAUAAGCUUUCAGUACCACCUCAAAUGCGAAAUGUUUUAACGAUUGAAUACGAAUAUACCCGUAAGUAUCAACACCUUCAUCGUGUUUCUUACAAAUGACCGCAUAACCAUAUCUUAGGACUAUAUGUCAAUUGUUUAGCUCUACAAGCCGUCGUUGGACGAUGGACUACCAUGAAUGAUGCUGGUUCACAUACCAA